UUUCAUGCUGAUGUGAACAUGAGACAUGCUGUGUUGUAUCUUUGUGAUAUGCUGAAUUUAUUAUCACAUCACAUUUCAAGCAAUCUACUUAAUGUCAUGCCUUUUCUGUCUGUGUCUUGUGUUUUGCAGAAAGUCUCCUGGAUGAGUCGGAGGUGUCGGUCUCCACCCAGCUCACCACCGUGGGAGAGCUGGCUCCAUCCAGCAGCCAGCCGGCGGCGGCGUCCCAACAGCUUCCCUCUGCCUCUGCCGGCAUCCUGCUGGAUCUCUGAUGGGAGACCGCCUCUGUCAUCGAGUCCAUCCUCGCUGACUUCAAGGGGCCAGCAGGUCUAGACAUAGACAGCAUCCCCCUCUUCAAGUCUGCAGAGGCCGUGGAUUCGCACUCUGCGACAGCGAGCAAACAUCUUGGAUGCAUGCAGGAUCCCCCUGGCAUCCAGCUGUGUGUGGCUGUGAAGACGGUGGUGCUGAAUGGCGUGCAGCUGAACAAGUACAGGUGCCGGCGUGGCAGCAACUGUCUGGAGGGGCUGCAUGCACACCUGUACAACGCCAUCCCCUCCAAGAGAUGCGGGAUCAUGCCAUUCCAAGUGUACCUCAUUGCAUUUACCGUGCAGUGGAACACCCGCAUGGAGGCCCUCCGGGUUGCUGGUAGUCAGGGACGGCAGACGACGUGCAUGGACCCCCGGCAGAUCCAGCGCAUGAACCAGCAGGCUGAGGUUCUCUUUGGCAAGGAGCACGUGCCGGAGCCCAACUUUGCUGCUCUCCUUCCAUACCCUGAGCAGUACCAGGACCCAGAGGAGGAGGAGCUGCUUGGGGUGGAGUACGCCCUGUGCCAGUCCACUGCCUUCACUGCAAGGCAGUACUACGCCCAGAAAGCGGAAGACGAGCAGUCCCAUCAGGAGGAGGAAGAGGACUCUGCAGCAGCUAAUGAGAGGAUGGAGGAGGAGGAGCUGCUGGAUGAGGGUGUGGCCAUGGAGGAGGAGGACCCCAUAGACGGCGUCUGCAAGCAGCACGCCGUCCUCACCCAGGCAGUGGAGGUGAAGGAGGAGGACAGCCCAGCUCUGCAGGACGUGCUCAUGAGCCAGCGGCAUCUGCACCUUCCUGGCAUCGUGGAGGUGGAGGCCCUGGCCGUGCUGCUGCUGGAGCUGACGGAUGACAGCGACCACCACCACCUCAUGCCGGUCGCCCUCCGGCAGAAGAUUGUCACCGCUGGCUCUCUCCACGAGCAUGACAAGACUGCCACCAACUUUGUGAAGAAGUACGAGUCCAGGUGGGGCUACACCCUCUUUGGCCGAUGCCUGGGGCCGGAGACCCCCGAGAACUCCGCCGCUCAAAAGACAAAGUUUGGCUGGAUGAGGCACCCGCAGGCUGCACAGGUGACAGGACAGCCGUCUGCUCUACCUGCUCGUUAA